AUGGGUUCCACCAAUUACACGGCGCCGUUUCCCGGCCGCCCGGACCUCCCCUCAACCUCGACCUCCACCCCCGCCCUUCUCGUCCCCAAAAUAGAGCCUAAACUUGAACCAUUCGACGAAUCCUCACCAUCUCCGCCCUCAUUCCACCACCUCUCCUCCUCCCUCCCAGUCCCCACCCCCAACACGCUGCCGCUAUCUUGCGACUUCGACCGCCUCUCAGACACGUUCCUCUCCGCCACCGGGCGCAGAAAAAAACCACGCGCCGGCAGCCCAACCCGGACCGAAACCGACCCGAACCCUUUCGCCAUAAUCUCCGUGCCAGACGGCAACGAGCCCCACCUAUCUCGCCCCGCCCCCUCGCCCCGCGGCAUCAGGAAGUACCCAAUUCGCUCGUCGGAGAUGGUCCGGGUCUCAGAUCUGAAGCCCGAGGAAACCCGAUAUUUCCGCGGGUCGAUUCGCCGGGCCCGGAUGAUUUUUGAAUCACUCUGCGUUUUUGCAGUCGCUGAGGACGAGAGGCGGCGGGAGGUGUUCCCCAACCACCCCAAGCGCCGCACGAAGGCCCACCUGAAAGCGGCGGCCGUGAUGAGAGAGCGUGGACUGUGGCUGAACCGUGAUAAGCGGGUAGUGGGCACUAUCCCUGGGGUCGAGAUUGGGGACGUCUUCUUUGUCAGGAUUGAGAUGUGUGUCGUGGGGCUACACGGGCAUUCCCAGGCCGGGAUCGACUACGUCCCCAUCAGACACAGCUUAAAUGGAGAGCCGAUUGCCACAAGCAUUAUCGUUUCUGGAGAACAUGAAGACGACGAGGAUGCUGGAGACGUGAUAGUGUACAGUGGUCACGGUGGGCAGGACAAGCACGGCAAGCAGGUGGAGCACCAGAGGCUGGAAUGCGGAAACUUGGCCAUGGAGAGGAGCAUGCAUUACGGAAUCGAGGUGCGAGUAAUCCGCGGCUUCAAGUACGAAGGCAGCGCAAUUGGUAAGGUGUAUGUGUAUGAUGGUCUUUACAGAGUUGUCGAGACCUGGUUCGACGUGGGCCGGUCAGGGUAUGGUAUUUACAAGUUCCGACUCGUGCGAAAUCAGAAUCAGGACGAAAUGGGAAGUUCUUUGAUGAGAUUUGCCAUGAGCUUAAAGACACAACCUCUCUCCCUCGAUCUCUCGGCAAAGAAGGAGAACUUCCCGGUUCUGUUUUUCAACGACGUGGACACUAAUCAUGAUCCCAUUCAUUACGAAUAUCUCGCGUGUUCUGUUUUCCCACCCUCAGUCUAUGACUCGGGGAUUGCUGCCGGGUGUGCCUGUGCUAGGGGCUGCACGGAGGGUUGCCUCUGCUGGGUGAAAAACGGUGGGGAAUUCGCGUACCACUCGAGCGGCAUUCUUGUGCGGGGAAAGCCGCUGGUUUUCGAAUGCAGCCCCCACUGCCAGUGCCCCCCGGAAUGCCGUAACCGGGUGACUCAAAAAGGAGUGAGGAAUAGUUUCGAGGUUUUCCGCUCGAGGGAGACAAACUGGGGAGCGAAAGUAGUCACGAUGAAUGGGGAUAGUUUAAUUUAUCCGGGUUGCUUUGGUGAGAGGUGGAGGGAGUGGGGGAAUCUUUCGGAAGUUUUUGCCGAUUUUGUGCUUCCUUCGUGCCCAUUGGUGGCACAGCUGGAUUUUGCCAUGGAUGUGUCGAGGAUGAGGAACGUGGCCUGCUACAUCAGCAAUAGCAGCACGAGCCCUAAUGUGUUCGUGCAGCCUGUUUUGUAUGAUCAUACCAACGUAUCCUUCCCACGCCUCAUGCUUUUCGCCAUGGAGAAUAUACCGCCCAUGAGGGAGCUUAGUUUAGACUAUGGUGUGAAUAAAGCACGGGAAAGCUUGCUCUUUGCAACUAGAGGCUUGGGGAGAAAUAUGAUAUCCUGGAGUUUGAUCUAUAUGAAGGUGGAGGAGCUCGAUUACAUCUUGCAGCAGGAAGACUUGCAACACAUAUAUCAAUGACGUUCUUGAUUUCUGAUGAAUGUUUUCUACUUGCAGCAACUUGAAUAAAGUAAAAACAAUUAUCAUGAAACUAAACAACAUUUGCUGGAUUGAAAUUUGUUUAUCAUGGAAUUUGGUGCACGCAAACACUGUACUAAGGUUCCUGUAGCUGAUGGGAGAAUUUUCCGAGUCGAUCUUCCCUGACACUGUGUGCUCUUGUAACAAUGUAGAAUGGUGGAUAAAAUGUACAUGAUAUAGAUAUUUGUGUGUGAUCAUUAUGGGACAAACUUCAUUGUCUUUAACACCUCUAGCCAUUGAGGUAAAAAGCCGAGGUUCUAAUUUGUGCUGUGGUGUGAACUUUUUAUUACAACCUGGUAAAUGAGAAUUUCCAGGAAUCAUUUUGGUUCUUGACUAAUUCACUGGUGUGCGGAUAUAGUCGUGAUAUUUUGUGGACGUGUCUUGGUUCUUGUUGAUGUAAAUGUACAAUUAUGUAUUGGGAGAUUGAAAUGCACAUUGUUAAUUAGUAACUGUCCGUAUGUAUAUUAUUCUACACGUUUACUGAAUCAUGAUCUUUAGUUGAAUUGGCAAAAAUAAAGGGCGGCGGGUGGAUGGAUGGAUGCUUCAUUAUUUACAGACGAGACAGAUUUUGUGAAACAUCUGCAUACUGUUACCAGCUGAGUAUUAUGUAGUAGUUUUUGUGUUUGAUACGCUUAUUUUCCCAAUGGUUUUGCGAUUCAAGUUUAUAAAAUGUAUAAAGUCGUGUAUUUUUGGUCCAAUUCUUGCAGUUGAUCCGUGGAUUAGUUGAUACAAGAAAUAUUGGCUUAUGGGAUUGUGGCUUUAAUAGUCAUACAUGACGCUGUUUUCACUACUAUUGUUGUGGGAAGAGAAUUGUCAAAAUCGGACCGGUCAUCGAAUUAGUGAAGCUACCGGUUCAAUGGUU